CCACUAAUCACCGCAUGCACAAAAGACAAAACAUAUGGCGGUGUAUCUUUCCAUGUUCUGGCGGAAGAUUCACUCUCAUUUUGCACAUUUGCUCCUCGGAAAGGACUCCAUCGACAUUGAUAUUGCACUCGAUGACAUGAUGGGGAAGGAGUUUGCAGAGAAAGUAAACGAGCACCUGAUUAGCAUGGGUGUUGAGACCACGAACAUUGGCGUUGUUCAGAGCAAUCCCGAUCAAUCCAAGCACCUUGAGACUGCAACGACACGCGUGCAUGGAGUAGGGAUCGAUUUUGUCAAUCUGCGUUCCGAAAAAUAUGCUGAGGACAGCAGGAUCCCAACCGUGUGCCAAGUCACAGUGCCACGUCAGCAGUGCCACGUCACAGUGCCAGAUCAGCAGUGCCACGUCAGCAGUGCCAGGUCACAUUGUCACGUCAGACAUAGUGCCACGACAGCAGUGCCACAUCAAGCACAGUGCCACGUCAGCAGUGACGUCCGACACAGUGCCACAUCAGCAGUGCCACGUCAGCAGUGCCACGUCACAGUGCCAGAUCAGCAGUGCCACGUCAGCAGUGCCACGUCACAGUGCCAGAUCAGCAGUGCCACGUCAGCAGUGCCAGGUCACAUUGUCACGUCAGACAUAGUGCCACGACAGCAGUGCCACAUCAAGCACAGUGCCACGUCAGCAGUGCCACGUCAGCAGUGCCACGUCACAGUGCCAGAUCAGCAGUGCCACGUCAGCAGUGCCAGGUCACAUUGUCACGUCAGACAUAGUGCCACGACAGCAGUGCCACAUCAAACACAGUGCCACGUCAGCAGUGACGUCCGACACAGUGCCACAUCAGCAGUGCCACGUCAGCAGUACCACGUCAGACACAGUGCCACGUCAGCAGUGCCACAUCAGCAGUGCCACGUCAGCAACAUGACGGGCCUGCCAGGCCAACUGGCCAAUGAGACCAUUGCCGCCUACAAGCAGCGUUGCCUGGCUCAGAUAGAGGCUGAGGAACAACGCCUGCUGGCAGUCGAGGCUGCCCGCGUACAGGCUGAAGAGGCAGCAGCAGCAGAGAAGCUGCGGCUACAGGCCGAUGCAGACGCAGAUGCCCAGGCUCGCCGCAAGGAAGCCCAGGAUCUGCUGCAGCGGCAUGAAGCCAACAGCAUCGACAGACUCAAGUACUGGCAUUUUAAAUCGAACGGCGACGAGGCAACACCGGAAGAGAAGCACAAGGAGUUCCUCUCCAAACUCGUGACGCGGUUGUUGUAUGCUUGCAACUACCAAMGGUCAGAGUUGGAGAGACAGUACCGGGACCUGACGCAACAGCAUCAGGAGUUGGCGACGCUCCGCCGCACAGUGCAGAGCCACGAGGAUGCAACUCGGGCACUCAAUGCCCGAUUGUUGRACCUGGAACAGGCUCUGCAUACAUUGAAGACCGAGGUCCAGAAGCUGCAGUCGACGAACGCGGACGACAAUCCGAAGAUGUACAAGAUGCCAACUUUCAACCUGGAGAGGUUCGGCGACUACACGCAGCAGGAUCCCGUCCUCUGGUGGGAAGCAUUCACAACGCAACUCMGGAUUCUGCCAGUAGCCAAGCAUGCGUACAUCGGCGCCYUGUUCCUGAACUCAAAGGGCGGAUGCCAGACCUGGUUGAGCCACCUGGCAACCUCCCACGGCGUCGACGCACCAGACUUGAAGGACGUAAUCACAUGGGAGGAAAUGACACGGCUGUGGAAGAAGCGGUUCAUCGUCGACGACGCGCCGACACUCGCCAUCAACCGUUUGUUCACCAUGUCACAGGGCAACACAGCAACACGGGACUGGCUCACGGAGUGGCAGAAGAUUGCGGCUGUGCCCAAUCUGAACCUACCAUUCGAGCAUCUACGCCGUGAGUUCUACAACAGGUCCUGUGCGGCAUUGAGCCAGACUCUUGGUGAUCGCGAGCAGUACUCAACCUUCGCGGAGAUCAUUGACAAAGCGAGGGAGAUCAUCAAGACCAACAGGUCAGCUGCACACAAGAAAUCAACAUCAUGGCAGCCGACCUAUGUGGAGAAGGUACGAACUGGUCCGCGACAGCAGCACUUCGCUGCAGUCCAGCAGGACAGUGGAGCAACCACUCCAGCAUCAAGUGACGGAGAUCAGGUGGCCGCUGUCCAGCCGCGAAGCACCAACAAGUCCCGCAACAAUGGGAAGGCGAAAUCCGCAUCGCAGGCCGGAAAUGGACAGCCAGGACAGUUUCCAUGGGUCAAGUUUGGCUUGACCGAGGCGGAGUACAAGGACCUCCCUGUGCCAAGAUCAGCGCAAGGAGGAUGUGCGACCCCGCCACAGCUCGGGAAACUGAGCUCCGCGGAAGGUGAGGCGACUCCACCUUCUACUCCGCCAGAUUCGGCCGCCUGGCUAGCGGCCUCCUGCACAUCCGGGGAGGAUGUGAAUGUCGCAAGUCCUCGGUAUACUUACGAGGAUUAUGCUGUCCACUUGGUUCCACCGCUGGACCAACCGCUCCACGUGCAACAGUCCACCGCAUGCACGGUUUCAUCACCAUCGGCAACCGAUUCGGCAGCUUCGCCGCAAUCUAUCGCGGGGGAUUCGACGUCAUGGUCAAGACUCGAAGAGCUCGACCCAUUGACGUUCACGGACUUCCAGUGGAUGCCCGUUCCCUCAACCGGACGAUUACCGAAACCGCAUUGCAACGUGCUUAUGACACAAUUGUGGGACUACUUGCACACUGCAGUACCAACUCCAUUGAUGGACGCCGGAGUAGAGGUUGUCGACCUUCACGCUUUCGUCGCGAAGAUCGACCGCGAGUUCAAGACGCAACGUGCCUUGAUCGAUUGCGGAGCAUCUCGCAACUACAUCAGCCAGGACUUCAUGGUACGCGCCGGCCUUGGCCCACGUGUCCGGAGGAAGUCCCAGCCUAYGCAAGUCACCCUGGCAGACGGGCAUACGCACAAGUCCAUCGACCGGUGCAUUGACGCCGUCCCAGUGUACUUUGCCCCUCACGCAAGUGAGGCGGUGUCCUUUGACRUUCUGGACACCAAAUUCGACAUGAUCUUGGGCAUGUCAUGGCUGCGAAGCAAAGAAUUUGGGACAGCAGAGCAAGAUGCUUUAAGGAGGGAUUUGACAAUCAACAGCCUGUUCUACAACAUCAACACCGGGUGUGUGGAGGAUUUCACUGGCCGAGGCCUGGACGACCUACGGCGUGGAAUCAUUCGGACUCCUUUAGAUCCAUUUUCGACACUCCAGGAUGAUCCCCUUCGAGUUUUGCGAGCAAUUCGUUUUGGUGCAAGAUUUGCGUUCCGGUUGGAUGAUGAGCUUGCUGAAGCAGCUGCAAGUGAAGCAAUCAGGAAGGCCCUUGGUUCUAAGAUUAGCCGUGAGCGGAUUGGGGUGGAGGUUGAGUUGAUGCUGAAAGGUCGAGAUCCUCUGACGGCAAUGCGGAAUAUUUCACGGCUAGGGCUCUUUUCUACUGUAUUUGCAUUGCCAGAGCAUGCAGAAUUGGCCAUUAAAUUUGACUAUGGAAGUGUUUGUGUAGCAUGCCUGGAGGAGGUUCUUGAUGUCUUGAAGCAAUGGCCUCGGGAUUCCUUUACGACACCAGUGUCAGCAGUUUUGAUACGGGAGGCACUUAAGCUAAGAGGCAAGGAUUCAGAUAUGGUUGCAGCAUUGCACACAUCGUUGCCGAACAUUCGUGCGCUAACCGCGUUGCUGGUGGAUGCGGACGAUGGGAUGCUCAAAACAGACGGUGAAGGCACUGCCGACACAGUGGCGCCCAACUCUGGUAACCACAUUAGCAUUUCAAGAGGGUUUUCAUCGCUUGAAGCACGACAACGCAUUGCAGCAGGCUUAGCUGUUAGGACGCUUAAGCAGCUGUGGAGGCCUGCUCUUGUUCUUUCAGCAGCUGCUGCCAGUGCCCCUGUUGCCAGUACCCCCUUGGGACAAGAACCUACAGACGGCGAUUCAAUAGAUGUGAAGCUGGAUGUUGAUGGUGACACGAAAAUUCGGGAGAGAAGAGACAACAGCGUUAAGCGAGCAAGAGCAGCUGCCAUUCAUGCAGAAGCAGAGGCAACCAUCUGUGGCUUAGGUUUGGACAGAGCUUGGGAGAUAAAGCCCAUUCUGGAUGGCAGCUCGGUGAUGAGUGUGCUUGGAAUGAAGAGUGGGGGUCCGCUCCUCGGGCAAGCGGUAAGUCAAGUGUGAUGUCAGCACCCGUUUCUUAUUCGAAUAGGCAGGGCGUAUCCCCUUCUACCCACCCUUGCCCCCCCCCGCCCCCAAAUGUCACCCCUUCC